CUCCGUCUCUCUCUCUGUUACCAUGAAGAGUAAACCCUAAAUUCACCCCCGAAAGAUUAAAAAAAGGAAAAAGAAGCAGUACAGUAGAGUGAGAGAGAGUUAAAAAGGCCUUUCAUUUAUGCAACCAUCAAUUUCAUGAUCUGUGGGUCUCUCUCCCUCUGUUUAUUCCCUUCUUUACACACAAUACCCACAAAAGGCGAAGCCAAACGCUGUUUUCUUUGCAUAUGAGAACUCCUUUCUGAUACCCUCUUCCAGAACCAGAAAGAUCUCUCAUCAUCCUUGGCUUCUUCUGGCUUUCUCUUUAAUUUAAUGGGUCUGUCUUUCCCUUUUUGAUUGAAGAGAGAAAAUUUAAUGGAUUCCGCGAAUAGUGGUAGUUUGCAGUCCUCCAGUGGCGGAGACGACGAAUAUGAUUCACGCGCCGCCGAAACUUCUAUUUCAGCUUUCUUCAAUUCCAACAACCCGCCGCCACCUCACCACCACCAACAAAACCACUCUUCUUCUUCGUCAAUGUUUGACCCGCUUUCGAACCUUUUCGAUCCGUUACCAAGAUCCGCACAACCGCCGCCGCCAUUCGCAAACCCCAAUUCGCUACUCAAUCUUGAUAUGGUCUGGUCCAAGACCCUAAGAUCGGAACCCGAUCUCGGAGGAUUUACGGCCUCAUCAUCGUCACCCACCCAACAGUUUCUCACUGACCAAUCACAGAGCAGAGUCGCCUUCCCAUCCAAUAUUCAGAUCCCACUUCGACCAGAUAAUGCUCCAAAAGUUACUUUGCCAAAUAAUGAUCCCUCCUCCACCACCACCACCACCACCGCGACUAACAACAUCGGCGGCACAAAUAUGGUUCGGAACCCAAAGAAGAGAUCCAGGGCUUCAAGGCGUGCGCCAACAACUGUACUGACCACAGACACCACUAAUUUCAGAGCCAUGGUUCAGGAAUUCACUGGAAUCCCUGCACCACCAUUCACAUCUUCGCCUUUUCCCAGAACCUCCAGACUUGAUUUCUUUGGUACUUCAUCUUCUUCUUCACCUGCCCCUCCUUAUCUUUUAAGACCCUUUGCACAAAAACUACAAUCAGUACCCCCUUCAUUUCUCUCUUCCUCCUCUUCUUCUUCUUCUUCAAUUGCUGAUCAUGCCAUUGCUUCUGCUACUAGUGCUGCUCCUUCUACCUCAACUUCCAAUCUUAACUACCAAUUACUCAACAACAUCAACAUGCAAUUGCAAAACCCAGUUCCCAAUUUCCAAUCAAUCCUCAAUCAAGCCUCUCUUAAGUAUAACCCACUUUCGAAUUCGGCUAUUCUUGGGACCAAACAGCAGGAGUCUUUGCAAAUUAAUCCAUCAAAUGAUGAUUCACAUCUCAAGAUGGGUGUGUUGGAGGAGUUUGGUUUGAGCAGUACUACUACUCAUCAACAUGCAGCUUUGCCAAGAAGAGACAUUAAUAAUGGAGACCCUACAAGAUGGGGUACGGGGGAUGGAGUGGGAUCAAGCAAGGGUGAUCAUCAUCAUCAACAACAACAUCAAGGUCUGUUAAGGUCCAUCAAUGGCAACUACAACAACCACCCACAAAGGGGAGUUAAUUCUAAUGGGAGAUUAAACUAUUCGGGUCCGGGUUCUUCGGAUUUUCAUGGUGAUAAAGGCACUGAUCAAAUUGUGGCUACAAGAACUAGUGAAGGUAUGGUGGAAUCAUGGAUUUGCUCUUCGGAUUAAUAUCACAGAUAGUAGUCUAUGCAUGACAUAGAAUCUGUGUUAACCAUGACUUUCUCUUUACUUCUCUUCAUGAUAUUGUACAUAAAUAUCAUGUAUGUUUUUGUUUUUCCAAUCACAUUUCCAUAUCCAAUGCUUGAUCAUACACAUAUAUAUACAGUUUACAUUUAUGUGUAACUUUUUGAAUUUGACUUCUUCGUGUAUAGAGAAUAUGAAACCAGAUAUCAAAAACAGUGUUCCUUCCUUCCUCGUA